AUGUGCGAGGAUCUCACGCGACUUAUUCGCGAGAUUGAGCGCGUCAUAACCGCGCCUUAUGUGGCUUCACUCCAGGACCUAUAUAGACUGGCAGAAAAUCUGGAUUCAUCAAAAAUCAAGAUAUGGAUCCUGCAAAAGCCGUGCCAAGUCGGUCUGUUUGCGGAUGUCCUGGUAGAAAGCUUGUCGCGAUCGCGAGUUGCUUUGCCAUUACUCUCCAUAUUUGCUAUGACAACUUGCUUCCAAGAUACACUGCUGAAUCGUCACCCGGUUGUAUUGGAAGCUUUCCUUGAGAAGGCCGUGGAUUCUGGGGAGCCGGACUAUACUGAAGCAUGCGCUGCUCUGCUCUCAUUGCCUCUUCCAUCUACCAUGGCUCCUCCCGGUCGGCUUCACGGCUUCAUCACGAAGUUGGUUUCAGUCAUGGCGAGUAACCCAUGUGCAGAGACCGUGGCCCCUUUACACAUGAUAAUGGGCACUUUGAAUGGCUCUCCUGGUCUCCUCAAUGAGAUCCCCGACGAAACAAUGGCCAAUCUGCAGCUUGAAUUUACCAAAACCCUCCGCAACAUGGAAGACCAUAUGGGCAUUCUCCUGAGCCUCGCUACAUUUGCCCGCAUCGCAUCGACCCAGUCAGAACACCAGAGCCCCUCAAAACAACACGGGUCGAAGCCACCGGCCUGGCUUCUAAACAUUCAACAUUUCUUUGGCCCCAAACGCGGGCAGAAAACCCUGGACUUAGUUGUCUUGCGAGUCAUCUUAGCCUGCUCUUCAAAUAGCAGCCCUCUCACUCCAUCUCAAGCCGCAGAGAGCAUCCGCCUCGCCAUAUCUAUCGUUGACAAUAUUGACGCCAGCCAGAAGAAUGCCUGGGUAGCGAGCGGCUCCUCGAAGGUCGCUAAGCUGUGUGAUAAAGUGGUCCGAGAUGGGUUGGAUCGCGAGGUUCAGCUUAUGGGCUUGACCUUCUUGUUGUCCAUAUGCCCGGUUGAAAACUUUCCCCCUCAAAUUCGCAACCUGGGGCUACGACUUCUCAUUUCUAGAGACAGUCGAGUAGCUUUAACCACUAUGGAGUCUCAUCUAGUGAUUCGUCUAACACAGUCCCUAGCUGCUUGCGACGAAUCCUUCGUUUAUGAGUUACUCAGAUUCACUGUCGAUGCGGUGAAGGACAACAAUAUGAACCGUGGCUCCUUAUCCAAUCUGCACGUCGCAAACUUAUUGCUUUCGAGCUUCCAGCAAGCCGAGUCCCAGCAGGUUAUAUCGUCCUUGUUAAGCUCUACGUCUACAAAAGAGACCAUCGCAAGUCUUUUCGGCCAAUUCCCGUCCCAAACCAGCCAGGUCCAGUGCGAGGGCUCAGAGAUAUGUUACUGCGCCUACACUACAUUGCAGAAUAAUAUCCUGCAAAACCUGUUUGAGAUGUACUUUGCGGCCGCAUUGUCCCAGAACGGGAACGGAAGAGACAUUGAUAUUAUUAAGUCCUUUGUUGGACGCGUGCCAAUGUCGCUCGAAAAGUGUUCCUUUGCUAAUGCCGACUCAAGUAACUUUCGUAGCUCUCUUCUCCUCCGCGACCGCCGGGAAUUCACAUCUCUGCAACAUACGAAUCGGGAUUGGCGAUCUCAAAUCACGGAUACCUUCAUGCAGAAUUCCAAAGUGGCGAAUGAUUCUAUGGUGCAAAUGGUGGAGGGUAUUUGUUUUGAUAUGGAGCGACGCUGCUAUGAUGUCGAAGGUCCCCUCCGCUCCGCCGAGGAAGAUCGAAACAAAUAUAUGCUCGAAGCGGAGCAACUCCGGCGUGAACAUGACAACCUCGAACACGUUAAUAGACAAUCGGUACAGGCGAUGUCCGACCUUCGCCAAGAGAUGGCUCGUCUGGAGGAGCAAACCGAAAGCGCAUGUAAUCGUGUGGAAGAGCUGUCUGCCUCACUCAAUUCCGCACACGACGAACUCCAGGAACAAAUACUUCAUUCCGAAGAAAGUCUUCACUUGGAAAAAGACAGGGCUCGAUCACGGGAACUUGAUUUGAUCGCUACCUCCACAGGGAAGGAUGAUCAGCUAGAAGAACUACAGGAGAAGCUGCACCGUCUUCAGUCUGAGAAUGAAAAAAUGAGGCGGUCACUGGAUGUCGGGGUACAAGAAAAGGCAUCCUCCUCGGAAACAGUCGCAUUCUUGCAACAUGAUAUCGAGCAGCACAAGCAGGCCUUAGAGCAACACAGGACUCUAUGUUCCGAAAAGGAGGGCGAAAUUCAACGUCUCUUGUCGGUAAAUGGAGACCUUCAAAUAGAGACGGAGAAUAUGAAGUCUAUGAUGGUAGAACAGAGCCAGGAAACCGAGAGGCUGCAUAACUCGCUCCAACAAGCCGAAGAAACAUCAAGGUUGGAAAGGGAGGCAAUGAGACAAAACCAUGAGGUCCAAAUUUCCAAUAACAAAGCAGAGGUCACAAAGCUGAAAGAGGAAAACAAACGUCUACAUCGCGAGGUGCAAGAUGGUGCGAGUGAAGCCACAAAGAAGAUCCAGGCAAAGGACAAGCGCAUGAUACAGUUGGAGAAGAAGGUUCAAUCCAUGCGGAAUGAACGAGAAGCCAAGGCUAGAGAAUUCUCCGAGGCCCAGCAACAUAUUGGCCGUUUGAUGGGGGUCAUGGGGUUUUCUGCACAGCCUGCACAGCCUGCAGAGCCUGCAGAGCCCAAACCCCAACAACCAAGGAGUGCGAAGCAAUCUAAACCAGCAGCACGCCACCUCGAUGCAUACAACGACGAAGAUUCACAACUGAUAGAAUCAUUCGAGUCCAUGGCUUCUAAUUUUAACGAACGCACCGCUAAACGACCCCGGGGAAACCGCCUUUCUCACCCAUCGCAACCUCAACCCCGAACACCGGGUCUUCCGAUGUCAAAGUCGAGCCCCCAUUUCUCGGAGUCUGCAAGACGUUCGACUCGCAAACCGCUGGGUGAAGCUGAUCUUAACAGCCCGACCAAGUCUCCGGCUGCCAAUAACUCAAAGCAUAAACAGCCUACGGUUGGGCCGACCGAUCCUUUCGAGGAUAACUGUCUUCAGGAUUUGGAUUUGGAUAUGGAUUUGGAGUUUUCACGGGACUUUAUUUUCACCAGCACAGCCUUCUCGGGGUCAGAUGAUAAGUCGGCACCGCAAUGA